GCCCUUGGUGGUCAUUGUCCACGGCAACCAAGACAAUAAUGCCAAAGCCACCAUCCUGUGGGACAAUGCCUUCUCUGAGGUGGACCGUGUGCCUUUUGUGGUAGCUGAGAGAGUGCCCUGGGAGAAAAUGUGUGAAACUCUGAACCUCAAGUUCAUGGCUGAGGUGGGGACCAGCCGGGGACUGCUACCAGAACACUUCCUCUUCCUGGCCCAGAAGAUCUUCAAUGACAACAGCCUUAGUAUGGAGGCCUUCCAGCACCGUUGUGUGUCUUGGUCACAGUUCAACAAGGAGAUCCUGUUGGGCCGUGGUUUCACCUUUUGGCAGUGGUUUGAUGGUGUCCUAGAUCUCACUAAACGCUGUCUCCGGAGCUAUUGGUCAGACCGGCUGAUCAUCGGCUUUAUUAGCAAACAGUACGUCACAAGCCUUCUCCUCAACGAGCCAGAUGGAACUUUCCUCCUCCGCUUCAGCGACUCUGAGAUUGGGGGCAUCACCAUUGCCCAUGUCAUCCGGGGUCAGGAUGGCUCCUCACAGAUAGAGAACAUCCAACCAUUUUCUGCUAAAGACCUGUCCAUUCGCUCACUGGGGGACCGAAUCCGGGAUCUUGCUCAGCUAAAAAACCUCUACCCCAAGAAACCCAAGGAUGAGGCUUUCCGGAACCACUAUAAGCCUGAACAGAUGGGCAAGGACGGGAGGGGUUAUGUCUCAACUGCUAUCAAGAUGACCGUGGAAAGGGACCAGCCUCUACCUACUCCGGAGCCCCAGAUGCCCGCCAUGGUACCACCUUAUGAUCUUGGAAUGGCCACUGAUGCCUCUGUGCAGCUCGGCUCAGAUAUGGGGUACCCUCCACAGUCUCAUUCCAUCCACUCAUUUCAAAGCCUCCCCCUAGAAGAGCCAAUCAAUAUGCUUCCAGCCUUUUCGGAGCCUCACCUGCAAAUGCCCCCCAACAUGAGCCCGAUGAACCUACACUUUGACCAGCCUCACCCCCAGAACCUGCUGCAAUGCCAGCCCCAGGAGCAUGCCGUGUCCAGCCCUGAACCCCUGCUCUGCCCAGAUGUGACCAUGGCAGAGGACAGCUGCCUAGCUCAGCCUGUGGGAGGUUUCUCCCAGGGCACCUGGGUUGGCGAAGACAUGUAUGCUCCCCUGCUGCCUCCCACUGAACAGGACCUCAACAAGCUGCUCCUGGAGGGCCAAGGGGAGGCAGGAGGAGGGCCCUUGGGCGCCCAGUCCCUCCUACAACCAUCUCCUUAUGGGCAAUCCGGGAUCUCAAUGUCCCACCUGGACCUAAGGACCAACCCCAGUUGGUGAUCCCAGCUGGCGAAUCCCGGACACAGAGCCUCUGCUGUCUCUAUAUGGACCUGCCCUGGACACCUGCUCAUGCAGGCGCCUCCCAUCUCCAGCUGUUCCUUGGUCAGGAGGAAAGAACUACCAGGAGAAUGCAUGGCAUAUGGGACCAUUGCACUCCGUCCUUCCAGCACAUCAGGGCCCCUUUUCCGACACGGGAAGGAUGUUCAGGCUCUAAUGUGGUAACAGGCACCCGUGUGCCGGCGCGCGCGCGCACACGCGCACACACACACACACAGAGGACCAGAACAUGCUGGGCAGGAAGGGACUAGACAAGCACAGGUUAGGGUACCAAGGGAUCCUGUGUUGAGGCAGGGCCUGGGACACACAUGCACAAACAGGUAAGACACCAUGCCACGGACAGAGGGCAUAGACCUAGGGCAUUGAAGCAGGGGUUCAGGAGACCCUGGGUGGGAGGAAAAAGGGGGCCUAGGUAUAUGGUUACUGGUGUGGACUUCGCCUAGAUUAAAACACCAAGUUCCUCCAAAAUCUUACCGUCAAGAGGCUCUGUGACGGCCCAGACUGUGCCUCGCAAGAGCUAAGCUUUGUGUGUAGCUGUGCUGACGUUGACCCGAGACAUGUUAACCUAUAGAUGUCACACAUUCACUCUAUGACCACAUAGACCAUGUAUCUCUGCUUCUGCCUGUGCGACAACACGUAUUUGAAAGGCUGAGACGGUGUGAGAGUCACACCCAAUGCCAUUUUGGGUGUAACUAUGCAGCUGUGACAUGUGCGUGUAGCUAUGGCCUUGGUGACUCAAUGCUUUCCCCGUUUCCCAGGGCCCUGAGGACUGAGGAGGGGUACAAGCCUUGCUGUGUAACGCCCUGGGUGCCCCAACUACUCUCUCUUAUAUUUUUCUGUCCACUGCCGGCUUCUCUCCACUUCUCUCCACGUCUCAUGCAGUCCCUUUUCCCUCACUGGGGGGAGAAGGGGGGUCAUGGAUCCUAAGCCAUAAAAUAAAUUUUAUUCCAAAAUAACAAAAUAAAUAAUCUACU